AUGGCUUCCGCAGCUGUCCAAAUUCCCGGUUUUCACGGUGCCUCGCGUGCUGAAAAGCCUCAAGUUCAUGUUGCCAAGGAACCUCAGCAUGUCCAGACUACGCUCAACUUCCUGAAAGAAAAUGAAGAUGGGUCACCUCCAGCGCCAGCAUAUACCGACAGACCCGAGACUUAUGAUAGACCUGUCACUACCCUCCCAGCCACCAUCCACGAUAUCAGUGGCCAUGAACUGGACUAUACACUGGAUGGCCAUGGGUUCCAGCUUUACUACCACGAGAGUCAAGAAGAAGACUUUCUAGAUGAAGAAAGGAUUAAGCGAGAGUAUUACCCAGAGACUGAACAACUGUUAAAGGACGCGACGGGCGCCUCUCGGAUCUUCAUCUUCGACCACACCAUCCGUCGAGCAUCAAAUGACAACAGCCGAGGCACAAAGCUCCGCGGUCCAGUUCAACGCGUCCACAUCGACCAAUCUUACUCCGCAGCCAAAAGCAGAGUCCCCUUCCAUCUCCCAGAAGAUGCACCGAAGCUCCUCAAGGGCCGAUACCAGAUUAUCAAUGUCUGGCGUCCAAUCAAGACUAUACUGAAAGACCCCCUGGCGGUCGCUGAUGCGAACUCGGUUCCAGACAGUGAUCUUGUGCCUGUGAAGUUGAUAUACCCUAACCGUGAGGGUGAGACGUACACCGUGAAGCCGGAUCCUGAAAUCAAGUGGUACUACCGCUAUGCUCAGACUCCGGAUUUGGUUACUUUGAUCAAGUGCUUUGAUUCGAAGACCGAUGGCAGAGCUCGCCGUGUGCCCCACACUGCUUUUGUUAACCCCGAGACGGAGAAUGAACCAGGUCGGGAGAGUAUUGAGGUUCGGGCUUUGGUUUUUCAUCCUGAUGACCGUGAUUGA